CAAUUGGGUUGAAUGAAUAUCGAUCGCCAAACGACGCCGGACCGCGUAGCCCUUUGACGACGAACGAGAUUAAAUCAAAGUUUCCGCCGCCGUCCAUACCUGAUUUACAGGCUCACCUCGAUCGAACGAAAUCACCCGCAAUACACGGCAAGACGGAGAGUCGGCUGAGGCGGCCAGCCCAGAACAUACUUCACGAUGUCGCAAACCAUUGGCCUGACUCGCCUUUCCUACUCUCGGGUAUGGCACCACGUCUCCGCCUCAGCCCCCCACGAGACCCUUUCGACCCAGCCGGGCGUCACGCCCCCGUCCCUCGGCCGCCUCGCCUCGCGCAUCGCUGUGCUGCUGAUGGGGAAGCACAAGCCGACCUGGGACCCCUCCACGGACUGCGGCGACUACGUCGUCGUAACGGACUGCGCGGCGCUGCACGUCACGGGCCGCAAGAAGUGGCAGAAGACGUACUACCGACACAACACCCGGCCCGGCUCCCUGCAGGCCGUCACCAUGGACGUGCUGAUGGCGAAGCACGGCGGCGCUGAGGUGCUGCGCAAGGCCGUCAGCGGCAUGCUUCCCAAGAACAGGUUGCGCGCUCCUAGGCUGGCGAGGCUGAAGGCGUUUGAGGGUGAGGCCCACCCGUACAAGAAGAACGUCAUCCGGUUCGGCGACGUUCCCGUCGGGCAGCACGGGUGGGAGGAGCAGGUCAAGGCGAUCCGGGAGGCGGAUUCGGAGAGGAUAUGAG